GGCAAUGCGAGUGCGAUAGUUCCGCCCCUGGUUUGCUGGGCGGUGGCGACCGAUCGGCCCGCAAGGAUUUGAAACCGUUGGCUGAAGCUACGGGGCGGCGGCGGCCGAGUGGACGGCUGGCUUGUGGGGGCGCAGAUAGGAUUAUGGAAGUAGGAAGUGAAGAAGAAAAAUGGGAGAAGCUGGAUGCCGAAUUUGAUCACUUUGUAGUAGAUAUGAAGCCUUUUGUUCUAAAGUUACCACAUAGGUCAGAACGGCAGAGGUGUGCUCUUUGGAUUAGAAAACUCUGUGAGCCUUCAGGAACAGGUGCAGGACUUAUGGGUAGGAAGAAUCGGAACCUGUAUGCAAAACUGUUACUGCAUAUGCUUAAGCGAGGCAUACUCGAAGGUCCUUUUAUGCACCGCCCUGAACCAGGAACACUAAAAACAUUACCAUCAUAUAUGUCGAUCUAUUUUGAUGAACCAAGUCCAGGACGACCAAAAGGUUCAAGCCCAGAGAGGCUACCUGACUGGGUAGUCGGUGAGCUGGAGACAAGUGAGCAAAGAUUAAGUGAAUCAUGGAAAUUUUCUUCUGAAGAGGAUAACGCAUUGGUGCUAUCGGCAACGGAUGUCCACAGAGAGCAGUACACAGGGAAGCUCCAGGAUAGAGCCCAUUCUAUGAGUCCUACUUGCAGAGAAGACCAACCACAUAUCACUUCAAAGAUCUGUGAAGUUCAUUCAAAAAAGUCUUCUGUUUCUUUGGAUGACAGUGACAUAGAAGCUCGCCUUAACAGUUGGAAUCUUGGGAUAGAAAAUCCUCGGUACCUGAGACAGAAGCCUCUUCCAGUUUCUCUGAUGACUCCCAAGGUCAGCCUGAGAAAGUCUAGCAGUCUUCAUGAUGAUCAUUUUCUCUCUCGAAUGCAUGAAAAAGAGUUGGACAUGAAAACAAAAAUGAUGGAAGCAAAAUUUCAUGAAGAAAAACUUAAAUUACAACAGAAACAUGAUGCUGAUAUACAGAAGAUUUUAGAAAGAAAGAAUAAUGAAUUAGAAGACUUGAAAAUCUUAUACAAAAAGAAACAAAGUGAAACUGAGGAGACUAUAAGAAAACUUGAGAAGAAAGCACUGUCUUGGGAACCUGGGACAAGAAGAUCACAGGUUCCAGUUCAGAUCCUUAUACGUGACUGUCAAGUAAUCAGAGAGACUAAAGAAAACCAGAUAACAGAGCUAAAAAAGAUAUGUGAACAAAGCACAGAAUCCCUGAAUAAUGAUUGGGAAAAAAAGCUCCACAAUGCUGUAGCAGAGAUGGAAAAGGAAAAAUUUGAGCUUCAAAAGCGACAUAACGAGACAAUUCAGGAAUUGCUUGAGGAUACAAAUGUACGUCUGAAUAAAAUGGAGGGUGAAUACAUGAUGCAAACACAGUCCACGAACCACAUGGUCAAAGAACUGGAGGCCCGUGUCCAGCAGCUGACUGGAGAAGCAGAGAACAGUAAUCUACAGAAGCAAAAAUUAAUUCAAGAAAAAUUGGAACUUGAAAGGAGUUACCACAUAGCAUGCAGUGAAUUACAAGAAGUAAAAACAAGGCGCAACAUACUACAUAAAGAGAAAGAACAUCUUGUAAACGAUUAUGAACAGAAUAUCAAACUAUUACAAACCAAGUACGAUUCUGAUAUCAACCUCCUGAAACAAGAACAUGCGCUUUCAGUCUCUAAGACAUCUGGUGUGAUUGAAGAGUUAGAGCAGAAUGUCUGUCAACUGAAACAGCAGCUACAGGAGUCAGAACGCCAAAGGGAACAGCAAAUCAAAGAUCAAGAAAACAAGUUUCACAUGGAAAAAAACCAUUUAAAACACACCUAUGAGAAAAAGGUUCAUGUACUGCAAAGCGAGCUUGAUAAAGAAAAAGAAGAUGCUCAAAAGAAAAUUCACAAAUUUGAGGAAGCUUUGAAGGAGAAAGAAGAGCAGCUCACAUGUGUGACAGAAGUUCAGAGGUUGCAGGCCCAGCAAGCAGAUGCUGCUCUGGAAGAGUUCAAGAGGCAGGUGGAAGUGAACUCUGAGAAGGUCUAUGCUGAAAUGAAAGAGCAGAUGGAAAAAGUGGAAGCAGACCUAACUAGAUCCAAGUCUCUUCGUGAGAAACAAUCAAAGGAGUUUUUGUGGCAACUGGAAGAUAUCAAACAGCGUUAUGAACACCAGAUAGUAGAGCUGAAGCUGGAGCAUGAACAGGAGAAGACGCACCUAUUACAGCAGCAUAACGCAGAGAAGGAUAGCCUAGUCCGAGACCAUGAACGGGAAAUUGAAAACCUGGAGAGACAGCUUCGCGCUGCCAAUAUGGAGCAUGAAAAUCAAAUUCAAGAGUUCAAGAAACGAGAUGCACAGGUUAUUGCUGACAUGGAGGCCCAGGUUCACAAACUGAGGGAAGAGCUGAUUAACGUGAACUCACAGAGGAAACAGCAGCUGGUAGAGCUUGGUCUUCUUCGAGAAGAGGAAAAGCAGAAGGCUGCAAGGGACCACGAAACUGCUGUCAACAAGCUGAAGGCUGAAUCAGAAAGAAUGAAAGUGGAGCUGAAAAAGACACAUGCUGCUGAGACAGAGAUGACUCUGGAAAAGGCCAACAGCAGGCUGAAGCAGAUCGAGAAGGAAUAUACUCAGAAGCUUGCCAGAUCUUCUCAGAUCAUAGCAGAACUGCAGACAACCAUUUCCUCUCUGAAAGAGGAGAGCAGCCGGCAGCAGCUUGCUGCAGAAAGGCGGCUCCAGGAUGUUAUACAAAAGUUUGAAGAUGAGAAGCAGCAGCUGAUUAGAGAUAAUGACCGAGCAAUCAAGGCUUUACAAGAUGAACUGGAAAACCGCUCUAAUCAGGUGCGAUAUGGAGAGAAAAAAUUACAGCACAAAGAACUGGAGGCACAGGAGCAGAUGACAUACAUACGACAGGAAUAUGAAACAAAAUUCAAAGGGCUGAUGCCAGCAUCUCUGAGACAGGAACUUGAAGACACCAUUGCCUCCCUGAAAUCACAGGUCAACUUUCUGCAAAAGAGAGCAUCCAUUCUUCAAGAAGAACUGACCACCUACCAAGGCAGAAGGUAACUGCAUGGGAGAAAGUAAUAGAUGUGAUUGUCCGAGCUGCACUCCUUUGUCUGAAUGGACUUCUUCCAGCAGGUUUGAAGAUUUGAAUAUUGUAAACUAUGAGAUCAGUGGCUUUUUUAGAAUGCUUACAUGUAAUUAAGACCAUAAAAACAUGUAUCAUUCAUACACUAGUGGGGUGGUUUUAUUGUGUCUGCCUAAGUUAUUUUUCAACAUCUUUUCUUUCUCAUUCCCAUACUUGUAUGUAUUAGAGCGCAUGCUCAGAAUUGCUUAUAUCGAGAAAAAACGUUAUCGCUUACGAUAUGCCUUGUUAAUGCUUUGCAUAGUCCUACCAGUGAGUAUGAGCAGAAUCACGGUUGUAGUAUGAUAUCAGAAUUUUAACCUGAGUAUGUUAUUCCCAUGUUCAUGUUCAUAUAUUAUUAAAAUAUCAUUUUGUGCUUUUUA